AAACUCAUUGGCACCACCUGCUGCUAUUAGUUCGCUUUGUUUGCUUCAAUAUAUUUUUACCAAACCCAGAGUCGCUAGAGCUAGAGAAGAUUGAAAUGUAGGAAGAAGCAAACACAAGCGAGACGAAGACGUCGUAGAUAGAUACGGUGUUCUAGACUUAGUGUAUCUCGCGCUAAUUAGACGCGAAGGCCAUGUGAUUUACACGCGUGUGGUUAGACCUGCCUCAUCAAUCAUCGAAAAGCGGAAGCUGGCAUCACCAACAGGAUAGUUAUAUAUACAGAAGAAGACAGCACAACAGGUAAAAGACAACCUUUGCCAAUUCCCUCGAAUGUCCUUGAUUUGGCGCACGCAAGCUUCUAGGGAUAUCAAUUGUCCACACAUAAUAUUAAUUUUCUUUUCAAUUGCUGCCAUUACUAUCGCACGAUCCAACCCAACCCAUACGAAAACCAUCCCUCCUACCUACUUGUUCCUGCAUACCAUACAUCCCGCAAACAUGACUCGAGCUCAACAGACCCUCUCUGUCAUCCUCUUAAUCACAUCGCUCUAUCUCGCCCUCUACCUCGGUCUUGUCCCUCUAAAUCCCACCAUUCAGAACGAAAUAAUACCAGUCCUCCCCUUCUACUCCCUCAUGGUCAUAGGCGCCUACAUGCUCUUCCGUCUCGGCUGGGGCGUCUAUGCCUUCAACGACGUGCCGGAGGCGCACGAGUCGCUGCAGAAGGAGAUUCUGGAGGCGAAGAACCAGUUGCGGAUGGCGAAGGUGGAUGUUGAUUAGGGGAUGUAGGGGUUUUUUUUAAUGUUUUGUUUUGCUUUAUUUUUAUUUUAUUUUAUUUUUAAGUUCUCUCUUUUGCUUUGUUUUGUUUUGUCUUGAUUGGGGCUGUGGUUGUAGUGAAUGGAUGGGAUUUUGAAAGGGGAGGGGAGGAAGGGGAAUGGAACGGUGGUAGGUAGAUGGAAGGGUGGUGGGGUGAGAAACUUGGAGCUGUCAGCCUUCUUUUUAUUGAGAAUGGGUGGAUAAAGAGAGAAAGGUUGGGCUUUGUGCAAGGGGGAUGGUUUCCUUGUCUCUCUCUCUCUCUCUCUUUUUUUUUUUUUUUUUUUUUUUUUUUUUUUUUUUUUUUUUUUCCUGUUAGUAUACAUGUUUAUUUU